UAUGUGGUAGAACAUCUGUCGCGAAUUUGCCGAAUUCUACGUGUCCCCGGGGGGAAUGCAUUGCUGGUUGGAGUUGGAGGUUCCGGACGUCAGUCUUUGACACGUUUAGCAGCUGCUAUGGCUGGUUACAGCCUCUUCCAACCGGAAAUCUCAAAAAAUUAUGGCAAAUCGGAAUGGAGAGAAGAUUUAAAGGUUCUGUUGAAACGAGCCGGAGGUGAAGGAAAAGCCACCGUAUUCCUGAUGACAGAUGCUCAAAUCAAAGAAGAAUCGUUUCUCGAAGAUGUGGAUAAUUUGCUAAAUUCCGGGGAGGUACCUAAUCUCUACUCUUCCGAAGAGAAAGCUGAAGUGAUGGAUAUGGUACAGUCAGCACAAGAAAGUUCCGGUGGUGGAAAAGCGUCCGAUCUUUCACCUCUCGCUUUGUAUGCUCUGUUUGUCAAUCGAUGUAGAGAAAAGUUGCACGUGGUCAUGGCUUUCUCGCCAAUUGGUGAGGCUUUUCGUAAUAGAUUGCGACAAUUUCCGGCCCUCAUCAAUUGUUGCACAAUUGAUUGGUUUCAACCAUGGCCUGAAGAUGCUCUUGAACGUGUAGCCCUAAAGGCGCUUCAACACUUGGACAUGGAGGAUGAUAUACGAAAUAUAACCGUAGAGCUGUUCAAAUACUUCCACACGUCCAUCACUCCUUUGGCCGAGAAAUUCCUGCACCGUUUGGGCCGUAAGACCUACGUGACACCGACAUCCUAUCUGGAACUUAUUGACAGUUUUCAGCGUCUGCUGACUAAGAAACAAGAUGAAACAAUGCGUGCCAGAAUGCGCUAUGUGAAUGGUUUGGACAAAUUGGCUUUCGCGGCUGAACAAGUGGCCGAUAUGCAAGUGAAACUGGAAGAACUGCAACCUCAACUGGUAGAGGCCAGUUUGGAAAAUGAAAAAUUGCUCACAGUUAUUGCCACAGAAUCGGUGGCUGUGGAAGAGCAACGAGUGAAGGUCAAAGCUGAGGAGGAAAUUGUCAACCAGAAGGCGGAUGCCUCAAAGGCUCUGAGUGAGGAGUGUCGUGCGGAUCUGGCCGAAGCCCAGCCGGCUCUGGAAGCGGCUCUGUGUGCUUUAGACACACUGAAACCGGCCGAUAUCACCAUUGUCAAGUCGAUGCAGAAUCCGCCUCCAGGUGUGAAAUUAGUCAUGGAAGCCGUGUGCGUGAUGCGCGAUAUCAAACCAGACAAAGUGAAUGAUCCCAGUGGGUCGGGGAAAAAGGUCAACGAUUACUGGGGCCCAUCAAAACGUCUGCUUGGAGAAAUGAAUUUUAUGAACUCACUAAGAGAAUACGAUAAGGAUAAUAUUAAUCCAACAAUUAUGCAACGCAUCCGGAAAGAUUACAUGGUCAAUCCAGAAUUCGAUCCGGCCAAAGUGGCUCGAGCCAGUUCAGCUGCCGAAGGUCUGUGCAAAUGGAUCAUGGCAAUGGAACAAUAUGAUCGUGUGGCCAAAAUUGUAGCUCCAAAGAGGGCCAAACUUGCCGAAGCGGAAGCUGAACUGGCUGAGAAUAUGGCCUGUCUGAAAAAGACCCAAGCUGCUCUUACGGAAGUGGAGGAGAAACUGGAAAAUUUACAGAUGCAAUUACAAGCCACACAAGACGAGAAACAACGUUUAGAAGAGGAAGUGAUGUCCUGCGCGACCAAGUUGGAUCGAGCUAAAAAGCUUAUUGGCGGAUUGGGUGGUGAGAAAGAUCGAUGGGGUCGAGCAGCUGAGCGACUGCAACUGGUGUACGAAAAUCUGACUGGUGAUGUUCUAGUUGCUGCCGGUGUGAUUGCCUACCUCGGCCCGUUCACAUCUGUCUAUCGGGAAGAUUGUGUGCACGAUUGGGUAGCACUUUGUUUGAAGUAUAACAUUGCGUGUUCCGAGCACUUCUCACUCACUCAAUGUUUGGGUGAUCCGGUGAAGAUACAACAGUGGAAUAUCAACGGAUUGCCUCGCGAUGCAUUUUCCAUUGACAACAGCGUUAUUGUGGCCAACUCAAGACGAUGGCCAUUGAUGAUUGAUCCCCAGGGUCAAGCUAACAAGUGGAUUAAGAAUAUGGAGAAGGAGGCCGGAAUCACUGUGGUCAAAUUGACAGAUAGUGAUUUUAUGCGGAACCUAGAGAACGGUAUCCAGUUCGGUACGCCCGUAUUGCUCGAGAAUGUCGGAGAAGAUCUGGAUCCCAGUUUGGAACCGCUGUUACUCAAACAGACAUUCAAACAAGGCGGAGUAGAUAUGAUACGAUUGGGUGAGAAUGUGAUCGAAUACUCACGUGAUUUUCGUUUGUACAUCACAACUAAACUGCGUAAUCCGCACUAUCUUCCCGAAGUUGCGGUCAAAGUAUCCCUUUUGAACUUUAUGAUCACCCUGGAAGGUCUGGAAGACCAACUUUUGGGUAUUGUUGUAGCCAAAGAAAAACCGGAGCUGGAAGAGGCACGUCAGGAGCUCAUUGUAACCACAGCCAACAAUCGUCGCAUGUUGAAGGAAACAGAAGAUCGUAUUCUGGUCACAUUGUCCGAAUCCGAAGGGAAUAUCCUGGAAAAUGAAUCGGCCAUUGAGAUUCUAGAUUCUUCGAAACAGAUAUCUGAUGAAAUUCAGAAAAAACAAAAGGUGGCCGAGGAAACACAGAAAAAAAUUGACAGUACUCGGAUGGAUUAUGCGCCAAUCGCAAAACACUCUGCAGUUUUGUUCUUCUCCAUCACAGAUUUACCCAACAUCGAUCCGAUGUAUCAAUAUUCUUUGACAUGUAAUAAAUCGAAAAUACUUGAUCGUCGGAUUCGGUACUUGAAAGACCACUUCGAAUACAACCUUUACGUAAAUGUUUGUCGAUCAUUAUUCGAAAAGGAUCGACUACUGUUCUCCAUGUUGAUGUGUGUACGUAUUAUGGAUAAUAAGUCGAAGAUUAUGGAGAAACGUAUUCGCUAUUUGAUCGAUCACUUCACAUACAGUCUGUACGUGAAUGUGUGUCGUUCGUUGUUCGAAACACACAAGUUGCUAUUUUCGCUUAUCCUGUGCGCGAAACUGUUAAUGGCUCGAGGGGAACUCGAAAUGAAUGAGUUCCUAUUCUUCCUUACCGGUGGAGUCGGUUUGGAAAACAAAUUGGUCAACCCAGCUACCAGUUGGCUUUCGGAUAAAAGUUGGGAUGAAAUUUGUCGUCUGAGUUCACUAAAAAGUUUUGACGGAUUCCGUGAACACUUCACAACUCAUUUGCCCGAAUGGAAACGAUAUUAUGAUAGCAAAGAUCCCCAAGAGACCCCACUACCAGCCCCGUGGGACAAGGUUGACGUUUUCCGAGCACUGAUCGUGCUUCGCUGUAUCCGGCCUGAUAAGGUUGUUCCCGGUGUGCUUAACUACGUGAGAGAGAAACUGGGCAGAAAAUUUGUCGAACCCCCGCCGUUUGAUUUGGCUCGCACAUAUCAGGAUUCCAGCUGUACCACGCCUCUUCUAUUCAUUCUAUCCCCCGGGGCGGAUCCAACAAUGGCUCUGUUGAAAUUUGCCACCGAUAAGGGUUUUGGUGGUGCUCGUUUUCAGUCCAUCAGUUUAGGACAAGGACAAGGUCCAAUUGCAGCGAAAAUGAUUGCCCAGGGAAAACAGGAUGGUUCAUGGGUCCUGUUGCAGAACUGUCAUCUGGCGGUCAGUUGGAUGCCUGCAUUGGAAAAGAUUUGUGAAGAGCUGACAAUUGAGAAUACAAAUGCCACGUUUCGACUGUGGUUAACAAGUUACCCAUCCCCGAAAUUUCCGGUGACCGUGUUACAAAACGGAGUGAAAAUGACAAACGAACCCCCCACUGGUUUACGUCAGAAUUUAUUGCAAUCUUACUUGAAUGAUCCUAUAUCGGAUCCGGAGUUUUUCGAAGGAUGCCCAGGAAAACAGGAUACGUUUGAGAAACUCCUCUAUGGCCUUUGCUUCUUCCACGCGUUAGUUCAAGAGCGACGCAAAUUUGGACCCUUAGGCUGGAACAUUCCGUAUGGAUUCAACGAAUCUGAUCUGCGAAUCUCGGUUCGUCAAUUACAAAUGUUUGUCAACGAAUACGACAAGGUUCCGUACGAUGCGAUUCAAUACAUGACAGGGGAAUGCAAUUACGGUGGCCGUGUGACGGACGAGCGAGAUCGACGUUGUCUGAUGACCAUUCUGUGUGAUUUCUUAUGUCCGACGAUUGUCAUCGACUCACGUUACAAAUUCUCCCCGAGCGGUCUAUACUUUGCACCAAACAAAAUGGAAUAUUCCGAAUACUUGGAGUUCAUUAAGGCACAUCAAAUUUCUCACAUUUGGAAGGCUCUUCCCGCUAUCCAGAAUCCAGAAGUAUUCGGGAUGCAUGAAAAUGUGGACAUCACCCGAGAGCUGAGCGAGACUCGACUUCUCUGCGAUUCAAUAUUGCUCACAGUUGGCCAGUCGACCUCCGGUGCCGGAGGCUCGUCGGAAGCGGAACUCGAUUUGAUUGCAUCAGACAUACUGGAAAAAAUACCACCACCGUUUGAUAUUGAGGAAGCCUACAGACGAUACCCGGUCAAAUAUGAGGAGAGUAUGAAUACAGUGCUUGUGCAAGAACUGGAGCGUUUCAACAAUUUAACACGCAUCAUCAAGACCACCCUAACGGAUUUAAAAAAGGCAAUCAAGGGUUUGGUCAUCAUGUCAGAAGCACUUGAAUCGUUGGCCGCUGCUCUUACACUCAACAAACUUCCAUCCAUUUGGGCUGGUAAAUCAUAUCCAAGUUUGAAACCGCUCGGAUCCUACAUCACUGACCUAUUGGAACGACUGAAGUUCUUUCAACGCUGGUACGAGGAAGACAAACCGCCAACCUAUUGGAUAUCCGGUUUUUUCUUUACACAAGCAUUUUUGACCGGUGUGCUACAGAAUUACGCUCGACGAAACACAAUUCCCAUUGAUCUGCUCACAUUUGAUUUCGGGGUGCUUCCAACACAAAAUGAAGCUACUCCUCCUAACGAGGGUGCCUAUGUGAAUGGACUGUUCCUGGAUGGCUGUCGAUGGGAUUAUGAUGCCAUGGAGUUAGGAGAACAACAGCCUAAAGUGUUGAAUGAACCUAUGCCCAUAGUCUGGCUUAAACCUCUCUUACGAGAAGAUUUGGAAAAACUACAGAUGAAGUCCAACCGAUACACAUGUCCUGUGUACAAGACGAGUGAACGUCGUGGUGUCCUGUCCACAACCGGUCAUUCAACCAAUUUCGUUUUGGCCAUGUACUUGUCCACAAGCGUUAGCCCCAGUCAUUGGGUUAAGCGUGGAGCUGCCUUGCUUUGCCAGUUGGACGAUUAG